AAGAAAAGCAAUCCAUAAAUAUAACGUCAUGAAACUGUUAAUAUGGUUGUGCCUCCUCGGCUUCCUGGCCAGUGCCUAUGGCAUUUUCCUGGACAAGAUUACCGGUCGAGGGGAUUCAUCUGGAAACGGCCUACUAGACGAUAUCUUUGGACUCGAAGACUCGGAUAACAGCAGCCACAACAAAACCUCCCAACAUGCAUUGCCAGCGUCGGGAAUUUUUACUCCGGUUAAAGUAGCUGUUGACGUUAUUCAAAAUAUAUGGGAUGAAUUUUCUAAGGGAGUUUUAGGCCUUAUGGGCAGUUUUGGUACCGGUGAUGAUGGAGGCGAAUCACCGCCGUCUGGGAAUACAGCGCCUGUCACAACAGAGUCUAGUUUGCCAUCGCAAGAAACCACAACGACUAGAACAACGCCGUUUACAACAACGGAAUCCAGAACGGAAUCGGUCUUGGAAACAACCACAACAGAUUCAUCCACGAGUACUUUGCCGCCAUAAGGAGAAAUUCUGUCGCCUAACCUUCGCAUCGGAUAUUGCUUGUCAUUGUUUGUUUCCCAGCUGCUUUCUGUCUGGUGUAUUUAAACAACGAGAAUGUAAAUAUAAGUACCAGCCACGCUUCU